AUGGGCUCGCCGCUCUGCAUGGAUGAUUGCGAUGAGUCUCGAGGGGCAGUGUGGUCUAGUCAGCAGCGGGGGGCGUGGUGGUGGUGGACGUAGUUCGUGGACCACACAAGAUCCGCUGCAGGUCGAACCGAGCAGGCGACGAGGACUACUCGUGGUGACGUCCGGAUCACGCAUGGCGAUUCGGAAAUGAUUAAAGAACCCGCACUUCCUCUCUGCUCCCGAUUCCCGACCGUUCCGAAGGCCUUGCGUGGGCCCCACAGCGCUGCUUUUGGCGACCGCUGCAGGGGAGGGCUGUGUCCCAUCCAGUCGGUAUAAAUUCACUCAUCCGGCUCCUCUUCCAUCUCUCUCUCCCUCUCUUUCUCUUUCUCUCGCUCUAUCCACAGAGAGCUCGGGGCUCUCCGGCCGGAGCUAUGGCUUCUCUUGCGCCUGCGGGUGCCGAGAGAUCGAGUGAUGGAGCGACUGAGCCGGAGGAUUCCGCUUGCUUGCUCGCAGGUGGAUCACUCGUCCUGGGCAUCUGAGCGACUUUCGGAAAGGCCUUUCUUUCUCAUCCGCCUGUCACUGGUCUCCGACCAGACCCAGGAUUCUGCGAUUUGGCUCCCUCUGCGACGGUGGAUGUCGAGGCUCGUAAGAGUGAUGUUUCACGAGCAGAAGCCAGUUGAGACAAACGAGAUGUUACUGUCUUGUCGUGAGUUUUUGCACUCCUGUCGAAGCACUGCCCGGCGGAGAUCGUCGUUACUCUCGAGAUCCACCAUUCUAGUCGACUGUUUCAUUCUGCCCCGACACGUAAUUAGCUAAUGGAAUUUUCUCACAUUAAGUGUGGCUCAAAUGCACGAGAAUGAAACUACAGCACGCAGGCAAGAAGAGGAACUGUUGGAAAGGCUCAAAUGGCCUUCAACACAUUCUUUUGGCAAUACUUAACUACGAAAUCCCUGGCCAUCGUCCUUACCAAAAGCCCUCUUGACAGAAUAUGGAAGAAAAAAGUCUAUGCACCAUGCCACUGAGUAGUCUCUGACACAACCUUUCCGUCUUAGCCUUCGACGUCAGGUUCUCAGCUUUCAGGGGUUGAUUUCGGAAAGGAACAUCUCUAUCGCCAAGAUUCCAUGAAGCGAUGGCCCAGGACGUCCCACCACAGUGCUUCUUGUCUUCCCUCAUGAUCGUUAAACUAGUACCGGACAGGUCCCUCACUUAUCUUAAGAGCGAUUGAUCGUCUCCCUACCGUACGCCAACCUGAAAAUCGAUGAAAAUUACACACGAUGCCAGCGAGAUUCAGUCAUCCAUGCACAGGACAGCUGCGGUUCAACUGCUAAAGCCUGAACAUGUGCCGCAGGCAUGUGACUUUCUGACAUUGAUGAUCAAUGGCAAAAGUCAGCGGGUGCCUGCGCUUGUGUUAUGCGAGGAUGAGUUCAUGGUGCUCAUCGAUUUAAGGGCUGAGGCAAUCGGAAACGAGCUCGGACGCACUCCCGCCCGCGAAGCGGUUGUAGAGGGCGAAUGUUGGCAGCGAGAGAUAUGGGGACUCGAUGGACAUGACAUUUUUCGUGCAUGUUACGAACUCAGACAAGACCUGUAUCGACAGGUGCCGGUUCUUCCCAAUCCACUCGUGGUGGCCGUGGUGGGCUUCAUCUCCUGUCCAUUGGCUCUGCUGAUUGGACUCAAAUACGCAUCUCACCAAACACAGAGAAGGCCAAUGCUACCAAGGCCAAAGCUGCAGACAAUGGCUUGCGAAGGCAACCGCGCGUCUGUUUCUGUCUUCAGGGUUCACCCCUCCUGUGCGUUAGCCGAUCAUGAUCAUGGGCGGGGAUAUACAAUUGCCAUGUACCCGAAGUCAAUUUGCGCGGCGUCGCUCUGUACUGGCGACCUAUUAUCAGCGCAGACUCGCACGGGGCACGUCAUAAUUUCACGCGGGGAAGGACGUGACUUGUAACACUGUGCUGUGCCCCACCAAUCUAUGCAUCUAUCGAUAGGGUACGGUGCUACAAGUCUGUAUGGGAGAAAGAUCGCUGUCGGGAAGACAUUCGAGAUCAGGCCGGUACUCAGUCUGUUGAUUGAGACUUUUGGAAACAAUUGAGGAGUAGUGUUCACUGGAGUAUUGGUUCUCUUGUUGCCCUCGUUCGGUACGGGUGCCUGUGCUUGUGUUAUGAUCACAAGAUGUGCUCGAUGAAAACUUAGGGCUAGCGCAUUCUCUUGAUCUUCAAGAAUCAGUCACUGGCAAAGGUUCCGCUAGCAGGCUUGGAGGGUACUAUAAGAUCAACAGAAACCAAAUUUUCAGAUCGACCUACGUGCUUCACCAGGUACGGUACGGUACUCUAAUGUCCAGAUUUCCCAUAAAUUCGGAAUUGUUGAUGGAAGCUGGAAUCUGCUCCUGCCUCCUUUCUGCAGACGGGCUCAGACCAAGACAAGGGUUACGUUAAGUCAAAGGGUUCGGAAAAUAGAAAUGGCACCGAGCAGAUCCAUCCUCCUUCGUGUGGGGAUCGCCAUUGUAGAAAACGAAUCGAACUCCAUGCAGUGCCAUGCAGCAUGCUGUGAUUCGAAGAAUCGUCAGAGAAACUUUGGUUUUUGAGCUGAAAGAAGGCGGGCUUCUUCUGUACAGUUGUGGUCUAACCCUACCUCCGAGUGGGUAGAUCGUCUACUGUUUGUAAGAAAUGAAUACGACGGUAGGUGUUGAGUGCUGCAAGUUAGCGAAGUUGUGACACUUCGCUUGUUGGGUGACCGAAGUCGACGGGUGAAUGUUGUGGUGUUGAUAAUUUGAAAGAAUCCGCACGUAGAGACAAGAGUGAGGGAUGUAGUUUUGUUGGAAGAUUUGGUUAUGACUUCAUCAUUGGACUCGAAAUGUGGAACUUGUGGAGCUCCUGCCCCAAGCCAUACGGCAAGUGGGUUACCUGCUGUGAAUGGUAGAUUCUUCAGCUACCAGUCAGAGGACCUGCUACAAAGUGUACAGUACUCAUCAGAAAUCGCAGAAGCGUGGAAGACUGCAGUGGAGGGAGGGCCCACAAGGCGACGUAGAACGCGGAGCACACGAGUCUCAUCGUUGUGCUUAUGAAGCAGAUGAACGAGGAGGGAGAGUGGAUAGUCGCCAAAUUCGACAUUUGACAUAUCAUCAUCAUAUUGCGAAUGGAUAUUAAGAUUGGAUCGAAGCUUACUAAUACCCUCUCCAUCAUACAUCAUUCAAUAACCUUCAGUCUACUGUACGCCCGACUAGCCAGUCGGGCAACUUGACAAUGACUGUACUAAGCAGAGUAUUAAUGUAUACAUCGGUUUUAUAUAUCUCGGUUACAACGAAAUAACGAAUGUGGCCCUAUGUACUAGAAACACCACCAAGGCAAUGUUCAUAUGCGCAGCGAAAGAGCCCAGUAGUGAAAAGGAUGCUGUUUAUUGAUGCUACUUUCGACGGGAGACCACAUGAGAUAAUACUCACAAAUACACUUACCAAAAAUAUUAAAUAUUAUCGUUUUUC